AUGAGGCCAAGAGAUGACAUUACUACGCCAUUCUCAGGCUACGGAGAGGAUAACCUUGAAGCACCAGAGCACAGACCUGCUGCUGACGAAAUCAUGGUAGACGCAGAUGAUGAUAUCCAUAGUUGUAUUGGGGUAACCACCGAUGUGGACGUAGAAUGGGAGAUUGACGGCGACCUGAUGGGUAAAGAAGUCAUUGAUGGCGAGGUGUACUACUUGGUUCCUUGGAAACCAACUCUUGUACCUGCUACCAUGAUGCAGAGCGCUCUGGAGCUGAUUAACAGGUUUGAGGCUAGGUUUGGAGCCCAGACUAGUAAGUCAGUGGAGGGAGCCAGGGUUGCAAACAAGAUUGCUACAAGUCAGAAGCCAAGCCAGCAUGGCAAAGACAUGACGGCUCGCCGUCUUGGAAGGUACAAUACAAUACAAUACAAUACAGCCGCGACGUCGUUUUCGUUCGGAAUGACAUGUGGCCCAUACCGAAUUUUGACUCUGAUUCAUGCGCUGAGCCAGUCCUAA